UGUUCAUUCAAAAGUUUUUCACGAUGAGUUUUUCAAUUUUUAAUUCGGAUAUAAUUUUUUGUAGUUCCGAAAAAAUAAUUACAUUUAAUUGUGAAACAAAAAAAGAAUGUAGUAUUGAAUUACCAAAGUUAAUAGUGGAUAAAGAUAUUAAAUCGCAUAAUAAGCUUGAUUUUGAUACAUGUCAUGGCAUAACCUCAGUUACUUUUUCAUCUGAUGGACAGUAUUAUUGCGUUUGCACCAAUCGUAAACAACUAUGUUUGUAUAAAUAUCCUGAUAAUGUUCUUGUAUCUAAUCGAACACUUUCACGAGCAGCCAGUAAAGUUCAAUUUACUCCAAAAAAUGAUAUAGUUGUUGCUGAUAAAUCAGGUGAUGUUUAUCUAUAUCGAACAAAUCCUAAAAGCUUCAAAAAACCCGAUGAACCUGAUAAAUCAGAUGGAAUAUUGAUUCUGGGCCAUUUAUCAAUGCUACUUGAUGUUUUGGUUACUGAAAACAACUUAUUUAUCAUCACUGCUGAUCGAGAUGAAAAAAUUCGAGUAUCUCGAUUUCCUAAUUCUUAUAACAUUGAGUCCUACUGCUUAGGACACACAAAAUUUAUUAACAAUAUUUCGGAGCUUCCUCAUGAUAAAAAUAUUCUCGUGUCUACUGGAGGAGAUGGAGAUUUUAAAUUCUGGAAUUACAUAGUAGGUGAAGAGUUGAAAUCUGUUAGUUACAGCGAUCAAAUAAAUGAAGAUGAUGUCAAAAGAUUGAAUGAGAAUCUUAAAAAAUUCGACCUCGCAACAGAAGAAAUUACUGCUAUACCUGUUAAACAUAUGAGACUUAUGAAGUUAGACGAUUUAUCAUCUAUUUUAGCUUUAAGUUUUUACGGUAAUGGAGAUAUAUUAUUUUAUAUCAUUGUCGGAACAUUUCCUCAUGAGUUGAAGAUAAAUUUUGUGCAAAAAAUUACAAAUAAUAGUGAACCAUUGGAAUGUAUUUUUUAUAAUCGACAAUUUUGGAUAUUAUUUGAUGACGGAUUGAAAGUUUAUAAAUAUGAACAUAAACAUUUUGUUGAUAACGUUGAAUUUAAUAAAGUUUUUGAGAACUUUAAUAAAUCAUGGACAUUGUUGAGAAGUAAAGUGAAUGAAGCGAGCUUUUAUCCAAUUCUCUAUAAGAGAAAAUUUGACAGUGUUCAAGAAUAUCAAGAAAGAAAAAAAAGUAGAUUAAUGAAUUUAAUGGAAUAAUUUUUUGUAUUAAUUGUAUAUAAUUGAUUU